UAGACAUGGCGCUGGCCAGCGUGUUGGAGAGGCCUUUGCCUGUGAACGGUGUCGGGUUUUUCGGGCUCGGGGGUCGCUCAGACCUGCUGGAUCUGGGUCCUGGAGGUCCCGGAGAUGGAUUGUCCUUGGCGGCUCCGGGCUGGGGCGCCCCGGACGAGCCGGGGAUCGAGCUUCUUCACGGAACUACCACUCUGGCCUUCAAGUUUCGGCAUGGUGUGAUUGUUGCAGUGGACUCACGGGCCACAGCUGGUGCUUAUAUUGCUUCCCAGACAGUAAAGAAGGUGAUCGAGAUCAACCCUUACUUGCUAGGCACCAUGGCUGGGGGAGCUGCAGAUUGCAGCUUCUGGGAGCGCCUACUAGCCCGACAAUGCCGCAUCUAUGAGCUCAGAAACAAGGAGCGCAUCUCAGUGGCCGCUGCCUCGAAGCUGCUUGCCAACAUGGUCUAUCAGUACAAAGGCAUGGGGCUGUCCAUGGGUACCAUGAUUUGUGGCUGGGAUAAGAGAGGGCCUGGCCUGUACUACGUGGACAGUGAGGGAAACCGUAUCUCUGGAAUCACCUUUUCUGUGGGUUCUGGUUCUGUCUACGCUUAUGGAGUUAUGGAUCGGGGCUACUCAUUUGAUCUAAGUGUGGAAGAUGCCUAUGACCUGGCCCGAAGAGCCAUCUACCAGGCUACCUAUCGAGAUGCCUACUCGGGAGGUGUGGUCAACCUCUACCACGUCCGAGAAGAUGGCUGGAUCCGUGUCUCCAGUGACAAUGUAGCUGAUCUGAAUGACAAGUAUCGGGGAACAAGCCUCUGAAAGAGGUCAAGGGGUGGCUUUCUCGGUUUCUUGGGGUGACUAAUAUUUGAUGCCAGGGAUGCAGAGUUCACCAUCCAGAACUGGAAAGUGACCUGGCUAUCUAAGACUUGAUUAUUUUUUAAAGCAACUCUUCAUUGAUCGUUGUAUGUUACUGAUUUGUUAAUAAGCUGCUAUAGAAGCAAAUGUUCAUUUUACUUUGUUGUUAACAUUAUACAACUCAACCCCA